CCGAGUCUGACAAGGCCUCUCUUCACUCCUUUUAGUCCUCACUGAACGCGACUACCCAACGCCACCUUCUCCAUUCCCGUCGCUCUUAUUACGAUCGUCGAUCGGGAGAUUAAUUUGAGUAGAGAAGGAAACAGUUCCUAUUAAUUGUUCGAGUUGCGCUUUUUUCCUUGCUUCCUUUAGAUUAAAAGGUAACAGGGUAUUUGUUGCAAUUUGAAUUCUGCAAGACACUAUUUGCAAACAUUUCUGGAUUUUGGUAAAUGGGAUCAGAGGGGCCUCCAGUGGUAACUGUCCACGUUACAGGAUUUAAGAAGUUCCAUGGAGUUUCAGAGAACCCAACUGAGAUAUUUGUCAGUAAUUUGAAAGAGUUUGUGAAGAAAAGGGGAUUGCCAAAUGGUCUGGUUCUUGGAAGUUGCAAUAUUCUUGAGACUGCUGGGCAGGGAGCUCUUGCUACCUUAUAUCAGAUAUUGGAAUCUUCUGUCACUGGGCAGGACUGUGAACCAUCAAACUCAAAGAACAUUAUUUGGCUUCACUUUGGGGUUAAUAGUGGUGCAACUAGAUUUGCCAUAGAGCAUCAAGCAGUAAAUGAAGCCACUUUUCGUUGUCCUGAUGAGCUGGGAUGGAAGCCUCAGAAAGUCCCCAUCAUUCCUGCUGAUGGUAGCAUUUCACGAACACGAGAGACUUCUCUUCCAAUUGAUGAGAUUACUAAGACCUUGUCAAAGAGGGGCUACGAGGUGGUGGCCUCUGAUGAUGCAGGCCGGUUUGUAUGCAACUAUGUUUAUUAUCACUCUCUCUGGUUCGCAGAGCAGCAUGGUACCAAAUCUCUCUUUGUGCAUGUUCCUCUCUUCCAGACUAUAGAUGAGGAGACACAAAUGCAAUUUGCAGCUUCCUUGUUGGAGGUACUUGCAUCUUUGCAGUAACAUCAGCUGAAAUAUUUUCUGCAUAAGGGUGAAAAAUUGUUGUGUUGUGAAGUUAAAAAUAGAGGAAUUUGGAUGAUGGAAGGUUGAAGGAGAAAAGUAUAUAUUUCGAUUAUGUAUUUUCUUUAUUUCUGAUCAUAAAAGUGUCCCAAUACCAAUUACCAAUGUGUAGUCCAUUUGCUUCAAGUAUGAAAGUAAUAAUCCAUGUAGACACACAUGAUUGACUGGUAGCAUGCAAAUGCAUCGCCAAUGAUGUAGUUAGUGAAUUAGUACGACGGCUCUAUUUCUAAAUA